AUGUCUGGCUGGAAGUAUGCCUUUUCGUUGAGCAAGUAUGAGGUGUUGGAGGCGACGCCGCCUGGGACGGCGAAGUUGAUGUGCGGGUCCCGAAGAUCAUCAGCCUCGCUCAUCCGAUUCCCCCAACCAUCAGAAGACCCGGCCGACCCUCUCAACUGGCCAACAUGGCGCAAGUUUGGGCUUCUCUUGACCGUCGGCCUCUACUCGUUCGCCGGAAACUUCACCAGCGCCAGCAUCGCUCCAGCGCUUCAACUCUGGUUCAAAGAGUUCCCCACGGACCACCGACCGUUCAGCGACUUGACUUACUUCAUCGCCAUUAGCACCUUGUUCCUCGGCGCGUCGAAUAUCUGGUGGGUUCCGUUGUCCAACAUCAUCGGAAGAAGACCUGUCCUGCUUGCUUCAACCGUCAUUAUGACCGUGUGUACAAUCUGGUGUGCCGUUGGGACUUCAUACAACUCUAUUCUCGCUGCGAGAGUCUUCCAGGCUAUUGGUGGUGGUGCCUCUGAGACCGUCGCCCCGGCUUUGAUCGGAGAGGUUUUCUUCGUUGAUGAGCGCGGUCGAGCAAUGGCCAUCUACACUGUAUUCCUCGCAGGUGGUCCUCUCCUCGGCGGCAUUGCAGGAGGAUACAUCGGUUUCCAACUUGGCUGGACCUACAUCUUCUGGGUCGGCACCGCCAUCUCCGCAGCAUGCAUCGUCGGAGUGUUCUUCUUCAUCCCCGAGACCCUGUACGACCGCGCCGUCUCUCCGACCGACACCGGUAUGAUGCCCGUCAUCGACGAGAAGGGCAUGGAUAGCCACGUCGAAGACGCCCGAAGCCAAGUUACGCAAUACAAACCGUACACGUUUGCCAGAUCCCUCGGCUUCACUCACUACCGCGGCCGAGUCCUUCGCAACUUCAUCGCGCCUUGGAAGACCCUCGCACUCCCCGGCACGUGGGUGGUCAUGUUCCACUACGCAGGACUGGUUGGCGGAAUUGUUACCAUCUCGACCAUUGGACCGCAGAUCAUGGCCCAGCCCCCGUACCUUUGGGGCGCGAAUGUCGGUCUCAUCAACGUCGGCGGUAUUCUUGGUACUCUCUUCGGUGCAUUGUACACGUAUCUUCUGUCCGACUCCCGGUUGAAGAAGACGGUCAAGACGCAAGGCGGACUGGCGGAGCCUGAAAACAGACUUCCAACCAUGUUCCCCGCUCUUGUCAUUGCGACUGGCGGCUUCUUCACUUUCGGGUUCGUUGCUCAGUAUCCUUCUAAGAACGGCUGGGUGGGGUUGUGCUUUGGAUACGCCAUGGUUGCGUUUGGUCUCAUGCAAGUCCCUUCGAUUGGCUUCAAUUACUUGAUCGACUCCUACGGUCGCCUUUCAGGAGACUGUUUCGUCAUUGUUACCAUCAUGCGCGCCAUCAUCGCCUUCGCGUGGACGUUUUUCGUGUCGCACUGGGUUGAAGAUAAGGGCGCCGCAGAGCCUUUUGGAGUAUUUGGCAUGCUGAUGGGUAUUUUUGCUCUUCUCACAGUUCCUCUGUGGCUUUAUGGAAAGCGCACGAGGAUUGCGACUGCUGGAGUGGUUGAGAGAGCGUGA